AUGAAAUUCGCAAUUGUGUUAGUUGCUGUUUUAGCUGUUGCUAUUGCCAAGCCAGUCGAUGACUCCAAAGAUGCCGUCAUUUUGAAAUACGAAAACGAUAACAUCGGCAUCGAUGGAUACAGAUUUGCUUACGAGACAAGCGAUGGCGUAUCACGAUCGGAAGAAGCCCAAUUGAAGAAUGUCGGUACUGAAAAUGAGGCUAUGGCAGUUCGUGGAACAGUCACGUGGGUUGCUGCUGACGGUCAAACCUACACUCUUAACUACAUUGCUGACGAAAAUGGCUUCCAACCCGAAGGUGCCCAUUUACCAAGAGGACCAUAA